CUAAAAAGAAGAAGUGUGUUACUGGACUCAGAUUUGAUUUGAGAUCGACUGCAGCUCUGGUGGUUGUUGAAGGACAUCCAGCUGUUUCCCAGUAAAGGUUUAAUGGUGUUUACAGGGAGGAAAGCUUUCUGCCGCUCCAUCUGAGCUCACCGGCUCCGCCUCUUUGCGCUUGUGCAGACUGACUGCAGGUCUAUGAAACUAGAAGAUGUCUGGGGAGGUUCCUUCUCAGCUUGGGAAUAGCAGCAAUGCUUCUGGCCUUUGUCUGGCAGAGAGCCAACAUGUGUCUAUCACUAUCCUGCUUUGCCUGGUCUUCUUCAUUGGCUUCCUCCUAAACACCUUCAGCCUCUGGGUCUUCUGCUGCCGGUUGUCCUGCUGGACGUCUGGAACCAUGCUACAGUUCCACCUAGCCCUUAGUGAUGCCAUUGCCACGCCUGUCACUCCCAUGAUGGCAGUGUACUUUGCUAUGGGUAACAACUGGCCCUUUGGUCAGUUCCUGUGUCAAGUCAAGAUUGCUCUACUGAGUUCACAUUUCUAUGGCAGCACCAUUUUCCUCACUCUCAUCAGCAUCCAUCGGUAUGCAGCUGUUGUGCACUUCAACAGAAGCUCUUGUAUAAAACGAAAAGAGUUUGUGAGAAAGCUCUGUGUUGGAGUUUGGUCUGUGCUACUGACCCAGUCUCUGAUCUUUGCUUUCACUCUUCCUACCACUAAAGAGGGGAGUAACAGUCAAUGUCUCUCCAUUCAUCAGACCAAACUGACAGAAUCCUACUUUGUCAUUAAUUUUAUCCUGUUUGUCUUUGGGUUUUUACUCCCUUUCUUUGUGUCUGCUGUGUGCUAUGGCCGUCUAGCAAACACCUUAACUCGCCUCAACAUUAGCACAGCUAAAGGUCUGAGAGUCAAAGUGAAAUCUCAGAGGAUGAUAGGUGUGUGUUUGGUCAUAUUCGGAUUGUGCUUCCUGCCUCUGAAUGUGGUACGAACUCUAGGAGUCAUAUUAAAAAAAUAUUACCCUCAACAAUGCCAUGUUCUCUUGCAGAUUGAAACAGCAUACUACACAACCUGGAUUUUAGCGGGAGUGAACAGCUGCCUGGAUCCAUUGUUGUACUGCUUUGGUUCACAAAAUUUUCGUGAUGCCUUCCAGUCUUUCAGGAUUGGGCAGGGAGACAUUCAGAAUAGAAGUGAUUCAGAAAUGACUCCAAAUUACUAA